AUGUCUUCGAAUUUUUUAACAACACUUUCUCAAGAUUUAUCAACCUUAUUGAAUAAAGGAGACUUUUAUGAUACAAUAAUUGAAGUUGGUAAUGAGUUGACUGACAAAAAAACUUUUCAAGCACAUUCAGUUAUACUCUAUGGUAGAAGUGAAUUUUUUAAAGUGGCUUUGUCACAACAAUGGGCACGAAAAGUUGGUGAUAAAUUUUUCAUAAAUUUGUAUGAUAUGAAAUUUUCAUCUGAUACAUUUGAAUUGAUACUCAAUGGACGAAUUUCGUUAGGUGAACAAGAUACUAUUUCUAUGUUAACAGAAUUAUUGAUUGCUUCUGAUGCCCUUCUUCUACAAGAACUUUUCGAUCAUGUAAAAUCUCAAUUAUUUGAAAAAAAAACACAAUGGAAUAACGAUGACUUGGUCAGAUUACUUUCAGUUUCUUAUCAAGUAUCAAAUGCCAAAGAUUUAUAUUCACAUUGUCAAGAUAUAAUUGAUGAUAACCCUUUGAUAUUUUUCGAGUCAUCCAAAUUCAAAACGAUUGAAGAAGAAUUACUCUUACAUGUUUUAAAAUUAGGCAUUAUCGGAAUGCCAGAAAUCGAUAUAUUUAACAAACUAAUUCAAUGGGGUAUGACAAACACUCCAGGAUUUGAUACAAAUAUGACUAAAGAAGAUUUAGAUACAAUUUCUUCAACUUUUAGAUCGAUUAUUCCUCGUAAAGAAAUACUUAUUAAAACGCCACGUAUCAAUAAAUCAUUUGAACCAAAUAUUCUCAGCAGUAAAUUCGCUGGAUUAAUUGCCUCAUGGAUUGAUCGAAAAUCUUAUACAGGAUUUAACAUGCCUUUCAAAUUCGAAAAAGUCUAUGAACUUGAAAAUUCUUAUAAUAGUCCAUUACCAAAUAUAAAUUGUCAUUAUGGACCAUCGCUUAUGAUAAUGAAAAUUCAAGAAACAGGUCAAUUCGUAGGUGCAUAUAAUCCAAUAGAUUGGUCCAAAUAUAGGCUACCAACUUAUGAUCCCACUAUGGUAACCAGAAAAGCCAAGCGAGACUAUAGAGAAUUUUCAAGAGCUUUAAUGAACUGUGCACCUACCUCAGAAAGUUUUUUAUUUUCAAGUGAUGAUAAAUAUGGCACUAAUUAUAAGUUAAGUAGAGUUAAAAACGUUGGACAUGCUGUAAGAAGAUAUGAAAUGGAUGGUCACCUGUUAUUGAAAUUUGGAACAGGUGAUUUGUUCUUCGAAUACGAAAAAGGUCAAGAGGAUUGGUCUGAUGGGAUUGGAUAUUAUAGAGAGUAUAUUCCAGCUAGCGUAACUUGUAUUAUUAAACCUCAAUGUUACGAACCUGCUGUGCUGCCAAGUGGGUGGUAUAAACUUGAAAAAUGGGAAAUUUUUAGA